AGAAACAUGGCGCUGUCACAGUUUAGGAUGAAGAAGUUCAUGUACUUAUUCAACGUAUUCUUUGAUACCAACCGAAGCGGGACGAUAGACAAAAAGGACUUUGACAUGGCGACAGAGAACAUCUGCAAGGUGCGGGGAUGGAAGAAGGGCGAUCCACAAUACGAGAAAACUAAGACCGUACUCAAUAAUGUGUGGAUUGGUUUACAGGCAAAGGCCGAUGCUGACAAUGAUCAACAGGUGACGAAUGAGGAGUGGUGCAAAAUGUGGGAAGAAUAUUCGCGCAACCCCAAUAGUGUACUUGACUGGCAACUACAAUUUCGUGACUUCAUGUUUGAUCUUGAAGACACAUCAGGUGAUGGCGCCAUCGACGAGGAGGAGUUUGCAAUGAUAUGUUCCAGUUACAAUGUUCCCGAGCAGAACGCCCGAGAUGCCUUCCGCAAGUUUUCUCGUAAUGGGACCUUAGAAAUCACACGGGAAAAGUUUGGGGAGCUGUGGGUAGAAUACUUCGCCUCGGAGGAUCCAUCCGCCCCAGGGAACUUCAUCUUCGGAGUUACCAAGUUCGAAUAGGCUCAUACCUUGUCAGAGAGCCGAUUUCCUAUAACAGACGGUAGCUAGUAAGGUAUUUCCGGGGUGGGAAGUGUCAAAAGCAUUUGUUAAAAAUUUUGGUGAUAGUGUUUUUCAUCUUGGGUAGGUUUCUAAUGAUGUAAUUUGAAUACUGUUCGGUUAAAGUUGGUGAUAUUUAAAGAAUUGAAUCGUUAAACCAUUGGUAUAAUGUAGGGUUAAAAGGUGUUCAUUGUAGGAAAUUUAGAAAUUUAAUAAAAGCUGUAACGAUUGCAUGUUGUUUUUACACUUAUAUUUAUUUUAAAAGUGGGGGACGUUAAAAUGUGUAAUAAAAAGGAAUAAAUUUACAUAUAAUCGAUAUAACGUCAAACUUAACAACUUAAAAAUUAACUGACUAUAUACACAUCGCACUUUAUCUAUACAAUACACGAGGGCUAAAUGAAUUUUCCUCAUAACUUCCCGUUGUUUUACGUUUCACCCAUUUCUGACAAUACAUCCAUUGAACAUUUUUCCUAGCUUUGGGCUUUAUGUGACAGAAACUGGGUAUGAAAUUUAGUUCUUCCUAAAGCUGUUUAAAAUAAUUACUUUAAUUGUGUACACAAGGUAAAUUACAAAAAUAUUGUACUUUACUUUUAGAAAUUAAUCAAGUUUUACAAUAAAAACCAACUAAAGCCGUUAUGAAAAGACCAAACUUUAUUCUACUCUUAGACUACAUAAUUGUCUUAAAUUAAAUGUAUUUUAUCUCAUUAAGUCUAAUACAUCCACCUGGAUAUUUUUCUGUUGUAUUUGUAUGGUUCAAUUACUUUUUAAACUUUCUUUAUACCGUUCGUCCAUUCUUGCAAUUUACUCCUAACUUGAAUUAAAUUAUUAUAAUUGAAGAUUUAUCUACGUCAAAUUAACCUGAUAUAUUAUGUAAUUUUCAAUUACAAAAAACUUUUGAGUAAUACCUAAUUUAUAAAUACAUUCUGAUGAGUAGAUCUAACCACAAACCGAACUCAUAACAAGGUCUGUUUCUCCCUUUAAAAUGAUUUUUAUGCUAAGGUUUAAAAGAAAUAAUGGAGAAACCUUAUUUUAAACUUCGUACUUCAGUAAAUAUUUUAUUUCUUACCUCGAAUAUGUCUUAAACCAGCUACUCCGUGAAUUGGCAGGAGAUCUUUAGUUGUCUAGCUUUUGUCGGAAUAUCACGUUUCCGGGGCAUCGUAAAUCGAAUUAGCUCUCAAACAUCGGCUUGUGUAUUUGGCAAUUUUAACACUUCACAUUUUCGCUUUACUGUAUUUUGUUUUUACGGAUUGUUUAUAUCUGCUUUAUUAUAAAUUAGACCUUAUUCCGCUGAUAGAGAGCGGAAAUGUAGUGCACUUUUUCACUCUCACACUUCUCUGUGCUGUCCACUCCAAACGUUCUUCGAGUAACUGAACAGACUUCUAAAUUAAGUAUAUAACUAGAAAUUAGAUUUAAUACAAAGUGUUUAAUCGGAAAGAACUUUACACUCUACUAACAUUUAUUAAGAUCUGCUGUACUCUUGUGUUGUACUAAAAUGUGCAUUAACACUGUUAAUAAAGCUAUGCUCAUAAUGUU